AUGGAAAUCGGUCGCUGGAACGAGCUUGAAGGAAAAGCCCCGACGUCCAAAAGAGCGUUCACUUUCCGCAGAGUGAUGGAUCUAACUGAUGAGAAGAAAUUCAAGUAUUCCGAGGUGGAUAUCGAAUCUCGGGAGCUUCGUGGCCUACUGAAAAAGGUGAUUGGAGACUCAUACCCGGGCCAAAGUUGGGAAGGAAAUACUAUCAAUUUGAUAGCUCCCUUUGCGCCUGUUGUUCAUUACUGGAAAGAGCUCUCUCGUGCAAGCAGAGAAACUGACGUCAAGGACAGCCUCGGAAUCAAAGCAGCCAGGAGAGAUCUCAGCAAUCUCCUCGAGUGCAUAUCGACAUGUACUGAGCUGGAGUCCUACUUCAAAACUCGGGAGUCAAAUUUGGAGUCCCACACGAUCACUUACCAGACUAUCUGGACGUUGUUUCGCCCCGGCACGUUGGUCGUGGCGAGGCCCUUUAUGAACCUACCUCAGGUGUUUGAGGUGAAGACGUCUCCAGAUCCGUGGGAAGACCGGAGGCUGAACAUCGAAUGCUGGGGUUACGAUUGGAACGGUAAAGAGAUAGUGAGAGUCACCUUUGAGUUCCCUCUCGAGAGAUUCAGAGGCACCAAGGAGAUCAGCUCCCUUUUCUGCUAUCCCUUGGAGUUCUACAGAGACGAAAAUGGGAAUUUCGACCAAUCUCUCCGCAACGAGCUGGUGAAGAGAGGUCAAUGGUUUCUCGAGCUAUGCAAAACAACAGGGGCCAAACAAAUGUUUGAAUACGACGGUCAAGCGCUUUCUAGCAGGAGGAGCCUCGCCAGGACGAGUGUCAAGGGACGAUAUAUUGUCGAUGCAGCUGCCUAUUUGCAGUUUGGCCCUGGCAUUCCAUUACUUGGAAAGUAUGAGCCCACAGAUGUCGAGCCUUUCAGUCAUCCCCACGACGAGCAGGGUGUCGGCGAAGAUGAGCACCAGUGUCUCCUAUAUCCACCCCGGAUUCUUGGAUAUGCGACCCAACAGAAGAUGUGGGCCCAGUUCAAAGUCCAAGACACGACCGCCGUGCCCACUGACCUCUCCACCGCGUUCGAGGACAAACUUGAACUGGAUCGAAAUGAUAAGAACAUGAUCAAGGCGCUGGUAGAAAAUCAUGAAAGCAGCAAAGACGCAAGUCAAGCCCAGGUGAACGAUAUUAUCGAGAGCAAGGGCAAAAACCUCGUUAUACUAUUGCAUGGUCCUCCAGGUGUUGGCAAGACUCUUACUGCAGAAACCAUUGCUGAGGCCACGGGCAAACCACUUUUGGUCGUCACCGUCGCUGAAAUCGGGUUGGACGCGUCAAAGGCGGAGAAAAGCCUGGAGCAGAUAUUCUAUCUUGCCGGAGCGUGGGAGGCGAUCCUUUUGAUCGACGAAGCAGACGUCUUUCUUGAAUCCCGUUUCGUCAUGGUUCUGCUCCGAGUGCUGGAGUACUUCGAAGGCGUCAUGAUCCUGACGACCAAUCGCAUCACAUCCCUUGAUAUUGCCGUCCAGUCGCGUAUCCACCUCGCGAUCCGGUACACCGACUUGACCAGGGAGCAAAAGAUCAAGAUCUACAACAUCUUCCUCAGCCAGCUCAUCGCCGAGGGUAAGGUGGACACCGAUGGCAUUGACGAUUGGAUCAGAUGGGUAGGCUGUGAGGCGGAGGUCAACGGUCGCCAGAUCCGCAACAUCGUGUCCUCGGCAUACUUGCUGGCACGCAGCCGCACCCAGAAUAGAAACCUGAAGAGGGACGAUUUGCAGACGGUCAAUGGCAUCAUGAAGAAGUUCCAGAAACAGUUGGAGACAUUGACGGUGGCUGCGAGAAAACAGAAUGAGGGACAGUUGCCCUCCUAA